UCACCCUUAUUCAUUGAAUGUAGAACUGUAACAAGUGCUUAGGACUGUUAAUGGCUAUCUGCAUUCGUGAGAGACAUGUAAGCGCGUGCGUCAUGUUUAAUUGUGAAGUCAUACAGUAGAUUUAGAACUCGUAUCUAUAUAAAGAACCCAAGUGACUGCAGUAUGCAACUCAUAAAGAGCAAACAACAAAGUAGCGAAGAGAAUUUUGAAGAAUGAGCAGCAGCGUCGGCAAGGUGGUGUGUGUUACCGGAGCUUCAGGUUACAUUGCUUCAUGGAUCGUCAAGUUUCUUCUUAAUCGCGGUUACACUGUCAGGGCCACCGUUCGUGACACAAAUGAUCCGAGAAAGGUAGAGCACUUAACUAAGCUUGAGGGCGCCAAAGAGAGACUACAGCUGUUCAAGGCGAAUCUUCUAGAAGAAGGUUCGUUCGAUUCUGCAGUUCAAGGUUGUGAUGGUGUCUUUCAUACUGCAUCUCCCUUUUAUCAUGAUGUCAACGAUCCACAGGCUGAGUUUUUGGAUCCAGCAAUUAACGGAACCCUCAAUGUUCUUCAAGCAUGUGUGAAAUCGCAGUCGGUGAAGCGCGUCGUUUUGACCUCUUCAAUGGCUGCUGUUACAUUUAAUGGAAGGCCUCUGACUCCUGAGGUAGUAGUUGAUGAGACCUGGUUUUCCGAUCCAGAACUCUGUAAGGAGUCGAAGUCAUGGUACUGGUAUGUGCUUUCAAAGACAUUGGCUGAAGAUGCUGCCUGGAAAUUUGCAAAAGAAAACAACAUCCACUUGGUUACUAUUAACCCAGCAAUGGUGAUUGGACCUCUUUUGCAACCAGUUCUUAACACAAGUGCUGCUGGAGUUUUGAAUGUGGUUAAUGGUGCACAAACAUUUCCAAAUGCUACUUUUGGAUGGGUCAGUGUGAAAGAUGUUGCAAAUGCUCAUAUCCAGGCUUAUGAAAUUCCUUCAGCUAGUGGGAGAUAUUGCAUGGUAGAGAGAGUAGAACAUUUCUCAGGGAUUGUGAAACUUUUACGUGAUUUAUACCCAACAUUAUCCCUUCCAGAGGAGCCUGCCGAUGAUAAGCCGUAUGUGCCAACAUAUCAAGUUUCGAAAGAAAAGGCAAAAAGCUUGGGACUUGAAUUUAUUCCUUUGGAAGUGAGCCUCAAGGAGACUGUGAAAAGCUUGAAAGAAAAGAAAUUCACCAACUUUUAAUUCAUAGUAUUAGUAGAGGAGAAAAUAUUUAGUUGUUUACUUGGAUGUUCUUACUCAUGACACAGAGUGAAUGUACUGCCGAGUCAGAUUGGAGGAAAUAAUACUCGUACUGCAAGUUGCAGAUAAUGGAAUAAAAGUUUGGAAGGGAUGUUGAUGUGUCCGACAAGUUGAUGCUCACAUUAACUCCCUUUGGAUAUAUAUAAUAGAACUGUAUCUUUUUCUUGUUAA